CCGCCGUAGCCGACCCCUCCUCCUGCCGCCGCUGCGCGCCCGGCGACGCGCGCUUUUGAACCGCCAUGAGCCUGUGGGUGGACAAGUACCGGCCCGGGUCCCUCGGCAAGCUCGACUUCCACCGCGAGCAGGCGGCGCAGCUCCGCAACCUGGUUCAAUGUGGUGACUUCCCUCACCUGUUGGUGUAUGGACCUUCAGGAGCUGGAAAAAAGACAAGAAUAAUGUGUUUGUUAAGGGAAUUAUAUGGUGCAGGAGUGGAAAAACUGAGAAUUGAGCAUCAGAGUAUAACGGCACCUUCUAAAAAGAAAAUUGAAAUUAGCACCAUUGCAAGUAAUUAUCACCUCGAAGUUAACCCAAGUGAUGCAGGAAACAAUGACCGUGUAGUAAUUCAGGAACUCUUGAAGACAGUAGCACAAUCCCAACAGCUUGAGACAAGUACUCAACGAGAUUUUAAAGUGGUGCUGUUAACGGAAGUCGACAAACUCACUAAAGACGCUCAGCAUGCUUUGCGAAGAACAAUGGAGAAGUACAUGGCCACCUGCAGGUUGAUCCUGUGCUGCAACUCCAUGUCAAAAAUUAUAGGACCUAUUCAAAGCAGAUGCCUGGCUGUACGAGUGCCUGCUCCCAGCAUUGAAGAUAUCUGCCAUGUCUUGUCCAGCGUGUGUAAGAAGGAAGGCCUGACUCUUCCACAGGAACUGGCUCGGAGGCUUGCAGAGAAAUCUGGCAGGAAUCUUCGGAAAGCACUACUGAUGUGUGAAUCCUGCAGAGUACAGCAGUAUCCUUUUACUGCUGAUCAAGACAUUCCUGAGAUGGACUGGGAAGUUUAUUUGAGAGAAACUGCAAAUGCUAUUGUUGGUCAACAGUCACCACAAAGGCUUUUAGAAGUCCGUGGACGGCUUUAUGAACUCCUGACACACUGCAUUCCUCCUGAGAUUAUAAUGAAGGGCCUCCUAACAGAACUUCUAAAUAACUGUGAUGGACAACUGAAAGGAGAAGUUGCACAGAUGGCGGCCUUCUAUGAACACCGCCUGCAACUGGGCAGCAAAGCCAUUUAUCAUCUGGAAGCAUUUGUAGCAAAGUUUAUGGCAAUUUACAAGAAGUUUAUGGAGGAUGGACUAGAUGACAUGAUGUUCUAACGCCCAAAGUUGUACGCAGAAUGUUGUGUCAUGAUGCCAAGAAUGUUGCAAAUGUCUGCUUGUCCAUGCUUGAUUGCAUGUGGGUGUAGUUCAAAAGCAAACAUUUUAUUUUGCUAUUAAUACAAAACACAGUGAACUAAAGAACAACAUUUGUUCAGGUUUAGAAACCAGAUGGAUUGUUUGACAGCCACAAAUCCAUCUUUAGAUCUAUACAAAAUACAUUACCCUUUCAGAAAGAUAACAAGUUGCCUUGGAAGAUGUGUAAGAUGGUAGUUCUUUGCAGUCUUUGUAAGCUGACAUUGCCAAGAGAGAACAUGGGUGCUGUGUGCUUGCUUUUUGAUUGCUGGUGGGCAAGGCCGUAAGGAAAAGAUGUUUUUUCCACGUUAUGGUAAGUUCUAGAUUGAGUAUGUACAUUCUGCCUCCUGAUUUAUGUAUUUUGCUGUUUGUCUGGCUUCUUUUAUUUUAGCCAUACUGUUUUCUAUGGUGUGAUGACACAGAACGUUUUCUGACUCUUCUUUGAAAUGGUGGAUGAGCAAUGCUUCUGUGUUGCUUCUAAAUCAGCUUGACAACACUUGUCUACAGACAUAAAAUGCUGUUCAGGUAAAGAUUAUUCCUUUGACUGUGGUUUAACCUAGGGAAAGUUUUCAACUUUUAACAGAUAUUCUUUCAUCUCUUAAACUGGUAUUUUUUUAAGCGGCGAAAUAAAUUGUAAAAAUACGAACACCAAAUGAA